CAUGCGAAAUAACGACUGGAGUGGUCCUAUCCCGUCGGUACAUAAUUCUCGGGUCGGUACAUCGUGGUGGACGUCGAACCCGGGACGUCAUGGAAACGGCGCUUCCGAAGGGGAUAAGUGUAGGGUUUCCCUGUGGGUCGACAGGGGAGGAAAAAUAAAUCUGUCCAUUCGAGCGCCGCACGAGGCUAGAAGCUUACAGCUAUGGCGAUGGCGGACGCUGCAGGCGACGGAUUCGAGUUCCUAUCAGAUCCAAUCGACAGAUUCCCAUUGCCGGAUCUCGCCGCCGCCGAAUUCUUUCUGCGCGGCGAAGCAAAUCAAUCUCUUGGGUGCGCCGUCGCUCAAUCUAGCAAUGGUGCUGUUUGGGAUGGCGCAGUGAUAGCACAAGAAGAAUUUGAGAGCGGCUCCAAAAGGAUCGCAACAUCGAAUUCAGAGCGUUGGACAGCAAGGGCGAUGGACAAGCGGCUGACUCAGCCAACAGGUUUCGCUUGCCGGACCUCACCACCAGUAAAUCAUUGCUGGAUGGCGAAGCAAUGCAAACUUUGGUAUGCGCAGACGCUGAAUCCAGCAUUGGUGAUGUGGGUGAUGGUGAGGCAACAAUACAAGGAGAUGUCAAUAGCACCUGCAGUGGGAUGGCCCUGUCCAUGCCAACCUCAGAACAAUCGACAGGCAAAGACAAUCCUCAAGCACCUAGCUGGAUCAAGAGGUACACAAAUAUGGAUGUGUGUUUCUAUUCCAAAUAUAUGACAAUUCUGACUGGGCUGUAUACUUGUAUUCCUCCUAAUCAUAAUUAGAAGCGCCGAU